AUGGUUUUAAAAAAAUACAAUAUAAAUCCAGACCUUGCACUCGAAAGACAGAAAUGUACAUUUGACAUUGAAGAGAUCAUUAAUAUAUUUGAUGGAGGCAAAGAGAAAACAUCGCAGAGAAGAAAAAUUGAGGACGUUGUACUCAAAAGUGGACUCUGCCAUGACGAUGUUCCCGAGGAAUGUAUGAGUCUUAAAGAGAGAUACGAAAAUGCUGUGAGGAAAUCGUGUUUCUUCUCGAAACUAAUGAAAACUGAAUUACAAGAAAUAACAGGAAUUGAAGAUUUCGAGACUCCAGCAAUUCGUCGAAUAGCAGAUGCUCUUUUCAAGGACAUAUCCCCAUUUUUAUUACAUUUGGGCAUGUUUGUACCCACAAUUAUUGGGCAGUGUACUUCUGAACAACUGAUGAUUUGGCUGCCUAAGGCACUGGAUCUACAAAUAAUUGGUGGUUAUGCCCAGACGGAGCUUGGUCACGGCACGUUUAUUCGUGGAUUAGAAACAACAGCUACUUAUGAUGCUGAUACUGAGGAGUUUGUGCUUCAUACUCCAACACUUACAGCUCAUAAGUGGUGGGCUGGCGGACUCGGGAAAACCAUUAACCACUGCAUAGUCGUAGCCCAACUGUACACAAAGGGCGUGUGUUAUGGCACCCACUUGUUUAUGGUACAGAUCAGAGAUUUGGAUACCCAUAUGCCGCUACCUGGGAUUAAAGUUGGGGAAAUUGGACCUCGGAUGGGUUUCUCAUCAGCUGACAACGGAUUUUUGGGCUUCAAUAAUUUCAGGAUACCAAGAAACAAUAUGUUAAUGAAGCACGCUCAAGUACAGAAGGAUGGCACAUACGUUAAACCAGCUCGUCAUGGUAAACUAACAUAUCAAACAAUGGUUUUUGUCAGAGUAACUCUUGUCAACGAAGCUGCUUUCAAUUUAUCUAAGGCUGUUACUAUAGCAGUACGUUAUUCCGCUGUUAGACGACAAUCUGAAAUGAGGCCAAAUGAACCAGAGCCGCAAAUUCUAGAUUAUCCUACACAACAGCACAAGCUGUUCAUUGGUAUCGCAACAGCACACGCUUUCCAACUUACUGCAAACUGGCUGUGGAACACCUUCAAGUCUGUACUCUCUGAUAUGAAGAAAGGUGACGUGGGCACCCUACCUGAGCUCCACGCUUUAUCAAGUUGUUUGAAAGCAGUGUGUACAUCAGACGCCGCAUUGCUUAUAGAGCAAUGUAGAUAUGCUUGUGGUGGCCAUGGUUACAUGCUAUCUUCUAAUUUGCCGUACAUAUACUCAUUUGUAGCCGCCACUAGGACUUAUGAGGGAGACUAUACUAUACUGUUAUUGCAGACCGCGAGGUUUUUGGUUAAAGCCUGGGAACAAGCCGAGGCGGGAAAAACAGUAACCCCAACUGUUUCUUAUAUAAGUCGAAGUUUAAAAGGUGAAAAAAAUUCUUGGCGAAGCACUGAUGAGGGCAUAAUCAAGUCUUUUCAAGCAGUUGCAGCAGGGAAAAUAGCCCUGUGUGUUAAAAGUAUCAGAGACAGAAUGAAAAGUGGUCUUGAUUAUGAAGAUGCCUGGCUUUUAACAACUGUCCAACUUGUGGAUGCAGCUGAGGCACAUUGUCGUUCUGUUAUCUUGGAGACGUAUUGUAAUGAAGUAAGAAGACUAACUAAAUCUUCAAGUGAUAACGUAAAGAUCGUAAUGCAUCAACUAGUUACAUUGUAUUUAUCUUACUGGACUUUGCAGAGAACAGGGGAUUUGUUACGGUAUUCUUCGAUAUCAGAAAAGGACAUAGAUUUUAUGCAACGCCAAUAUGAGGAGUUAUUGCAGCAUAUCAGACCGAAUGCAGUUGCUCUUGUUGAUGCCUUUGAUUUGAGGGAUGAGAUUUUGCAUUCAUCUCUUGGCGCCUAUGACGGCAGGGUGUACGAAAGACUUAUGGAACAGGCUGAGAAUAACCCCAUGAACGCUGAACCAGUCAAUCAGAGCUUCCAUAAAUACAUAAAACCCUUGCUUCAAGGCAAACUAUGA